CAAGAUGUCAAGGCCAUCCUUAUUAAAAGGCUGACCAUAUAGAGAUAGGAGGGCCCACAGAUUGUGCAUGCAUGUGUAUUUAUUUACUUUACCUGUAGCGAUGGCGAAGAUAAAGCUCUAUUACGAUCUUAUGUCUCAGCCAUCUCGAGCCGUGUACAUUUUUCUGAAGGUAAACGACAUUCCUUUUGAAGCUAUACAAAUUGCCAUCAGAAAUGGUGAGCAUCGCAGGCCCACGUACACAAAGAUCACUCUGUUUCAACAGGUGCCCGUCAUCGAUGACGACGGAUUUAUUUUAACCGAGAGUGUAGCAAUUCUACAAUAUCUUUGCAUGAAGUACAAAUUGGCGGAGCAUUGGUAUCCUCUUGCUAAUCCAGAAAUGCAUGCACGGGUACAGGAGUACCUAAAUUGGCAGCAUGCAAACACUCGGUUUCAUGGUACCAUGCUGUUCAGAAUACUGUUCCGUUUACCGCAAGAAACAAAGCAACCUGUCAAUAAAGCGGAAGCGGAAGAUUGCAAAGAGAGGAACAAGGCCGUUGUGCGCCACCUGGAUCAGUACUUCCUGAAAGACAAGAACUUCCUGUGCGGGCGCGAAAUUUCCAUUGCUGAUCUACUAGCUGUCUGUGAGCUCAUGCAGCUGCAUGUUGUUGAUGAGGUCAAUAUCGUGCAUCAAAAUGACAGGGUCAGAGAGUGGUUCUCCCGUGUCAAGGACAGACUGGGGUCGGCUUUCGAUGAAGGUCACAAAAUAGUGUACAAAGUUCAUGACCUUUACAAGAGUACUUUGAAAUCUGAAAUAGCCAGGCUUUAGCCGAGACACACUAGGCUAAGUCCGAAAAUAAUUGGUGAGAACAAAAUAAAAAAAAACAAAAGAAACAAAACAUGAUGUAUCUAAAUAUUCGAUAUCUAUGUGAAGAGUAAGAAUUAUAUAAGAUGAUAGGAUUUUUACAAAGUUAAAAACAGAUUUACAUGCAAAUGUAUUUGGAAUGAAAUAUAAUAAAACGUAUACAGUCGGUUUGUCCAAACAGUGGAUUUCUUUUGAUUUGAUGUACAUACAUAUACCCGGUAGGUGUAAAUUAUUAUUGUAUACA